CUUGAGAUUAAUUCAUCACAUUUUUUAUUAUUCUUGUACAGUGAAAAGAACACGCACCGUCCGUUUAAAUCUGUUCUCUUCGAAUAAUUGUCAUCAGACACAGCCUUGACUUGCUUUACUUUACUGAAGACAAUUGAUAAUAAUAAUAAUACGAAAAAAUGAUUGACGAACGCUUUAAUGAACAAGCUCUAAGGGAACAUAAUAGACUUCGAGCGCUGCAUGGAUGCCCAGAACUUCAGCUAGAUAAUGAAUUGAUGUAUUCAGCACAGAAAUGGGCUGAAACUUUAGCACAAGCUGAGAAAUUAUAUCAUAGUAAUCACAAUGCAUACGGUGAAAAUUUGGCGUUUAAAAUGUCUGCAGCCCCAUGCAUAAUAACAGGGGAUGAGGUUAGUCAGACAUGGUACAGCGAAAUUGAAUAUCAUGAUUUCAGUCAGUGUUAUCAUUCCAAUACACGUCAUUUCACCCAGAUGAUAUGGAAGUCGACAACACAUGUCGGUUUCGGUGUGGCUCUUAGUGCUGAUAAAACUAAGGCAUACGUGGUUGGACGCUAUCUACCAGUAGGCAAUAUAGGCGAUUUCAGAUAUAAUGUUCCAGCAUACCAAGGCAUUAGAAGAGGUGUAGGUGACAAUGAAAGUAAAGAUGAUGCAAUUCAACCGACAAUAGUGCCGAGAACUUCUGCGGAAGGAGAAAAUGGCAGUAUAAAAGGUCAAAAUGGAGAAAAUGGCAGUAUAAAAGGUGGAUAUGGGGGAGAAAAUGGCAGUAUAAAAGACAACAGUGAUAAUACAAGAGAAAGUAUGUAUUCAUUGGAUCGUUACUCGGGUAGAUCAAGUCAUAGACAAUCUUUCAGAGAAAGUCUAGGACUUUCAGAAAGAUGUAAAUGCUACUGGGAUCAUACACCCUAUGCUCCAGACGGUAAUUCUGUAUUAAAUGAAGAAACACGCUCAAGAGCAGGUUCAAUGCGUAGUCUAGCCUCUAGACCCCCAUCAUUUGGAAAUAAUGACGAUAUACACUAUAAACCUGUAUAUACACAAAGUACUGAAGAUAUGAAUCCGAGAACAAUUACCGUUCCACCUACCAACGGAGUAGGACUAGGAGGAGGAAUAGGCGGAGGAAGAGGAACUCCAGAUGAUCUUCAUGCUUCAAUCUGUAGUCCAACAGUUAUCAACUUGAAUUUUAUGAAUCCAAAUGAAUGCAUAGGUGAUCUUUCUGGUCAAAAUCGUGUUUCAAUUAGAACAUCACUUCGACGUCCAUCAAGAAGUUCAUCACCAAUGUGUAAUGGAUACAACUUUGAAAAAGAUAUUGUGAUGGGAAAGGAUAUUUCAAGAGGAAUGAACUCAGAAAUUUCUGACAGAGGCAGUUGUUAUACUUGCGACAGAGGCAGCGUUUUGAGAAGUCCAAGUGCUUUGGGUAGGGGAUCUCAAUACUGCUCAUACUGCAAACAACGAGGUCACAAUAUUGUUAUCGAAAGGGACUACAGAAAUCGUGAAGAAUGAGACGCUGAUUUCCUGUUGGUAUCUAUUUAAUGACUAUAUGAACUUAGUUCUCAUCUUAUAUAUCCAUACAUUUUGAAAAAAAUUGCAAUAGUAAGCCAGUAUUUAUUUGGCUAACAUUUAGUUUUAUCUGACUAUACUACUGAUAUAGCUACUGAUUUAAUUUAACCUAUUAUUAUUAUUAUUACAAUUGUGCUUUAUAUAUUCUCUGUAAAUUUUUGCUGUUAUUAUUUUCGUCGUUGACAAUGCUUCAGAAACAAUACCAUUGCAAUCUUUUCUUCACUUUCUCUUCUUCCUUUUCGGAAAUCUCAUUUCACACUCAUGUUUUAAUUUACAACAACUAUUGCAUAACUGUUUUUUGCAUAUUUCGUGCUUUUCUACAUACAACAGCGAUUCGCUAACAUUAUAUUACCAGUUUAGCAGAACUCAUUGUACGCCUGUUUUCGUAAAAUAAAGUUUUCUUAU